CUUUUGAAACCCUUAUUUCUGAACCUAACAUUUCUCUCUCAACUCUCAACUCCGAACUCCCAACACUGCCGUCCGUCCCCUCUCCUGCCCCCUCCGGCCUCUCCGUCUCUCCUCUGGUGUAGCCGUGCGCUUCCCGCCUAUCGUCCCUCUGCUCUUUGCUUCUUCGCUCUCCUCCGCGGCUUCCUCUGGUUAUCGUCGCUACGUCCGGUUCUCGUUGCUUCUUCACUCUCCUCCGCGGCUUCCUCUGGUCCUCGUUGCUGCGUCCGCUGGUCCUGCCUGCUUCUUCCCUCUCCUCCGCCGCUUUCUCUGGUCGUCGUUGCUGCGUCCGCUGGUCCAGUCUUUCUGCCGUCUGGUGCUGCUCCUCAGUCACUGCAGGGUUCUGUAAUCCCAAGACACAAUGAGAUUGGAGAAGUGUUGGUUCUGCUCCUCCACCAUAUACCCUGGACAUGGUAUCCAGUUUGUCCGUAAUGAUGCCAAGAUUUUUCGAUUUUGUAGAUCGAAAUGCCACAAGAACUUCAAAAUGAAGAGAAACCCUCGCAAGGUAAAAUGGACCAAGGCCUACCGACGUUUGCAUGGGAAGGAUAUGACACAGGAUUCAACCUUUGAGUUCGAGAGAAAGAGGAAUAGGCCUGAGAGAUAUGAUAGAAAUCUGGCUGAGAAUACUCUCAAGGCUAUUAAGAAGAUUGAUAAAGUCAGAUCUAACAGGGAAGCUAAACACAUUGAAAAGAGGAUGAAGGGCAAGAAAAGCAAGGAGCAGAGAGAGGCUGCAAAGGAAUUGGAGCAGAGCAUCCACAUGGUCAAACCUCCUUUGGUUCUUGCUCAAGAGCCAUCUCUUACAUUGCCCAAGAUCAAGGCCAAGGUCUCACAACAGCAAGCCGACGAAAACCAUGCAAUGGAGGAGUGAUGUUUUACUGGUUUAUCCAUGCUUUUAUCCCCAGUUAUUUUCUUCUUUUUCUUUUGGUUCCUACUUUCUUUCUUUUUUCCCUUUUCUUUUUCGUUUGUGAGAACACGUAGAUGAUAAAGGGGUUUGAGUAUAUCAAUCAAGAAAUGGCAGGGGCAAUGCUUUUUCUUUUC